AAAACCCUGAAUCUGGCAACCCUCACGGACGAUAACUUCGUUUUGCGCGUGCGUGGUACUAUCAGGGUUACAGAAGAUGUCAUUCGCCAGAAGACUCCUCGUAAGCGCCCCUAAAACAGCGUCACUUCACCUUUUCAAGGUUCAGACCGUCAGAACAUGUUCGGCUCCUCUCGGCUCCACGGCGCGCUACAGCAGCGCUUCCUCCGCCGAAGAAGAGCACCAGAAGCCCUCCAGCAGUCUAGCUGAGAACAUCCAUCUCAGCCAGUCCUGUGUCCAGAGGCUGGCCGAGAUUAUGGGAAAGGGAGAGUAUCUGAGGAUAUCAGUGGAGGGAGGUGGGUGUUCUGGAUUCCAGUAUAAAUUCUCAGUGGAUACUGUUAAAAACGGAGAUGACAGAGUGUUUGAAAAGAAUGGCGUUGGGAUAAUAGUUGACCAGGACAGUCUGGAGUUUGUGAAAGGAUCCACCAUUGACUUCAGCCAGGAGCUCAUCCGUUCUUCCUUCCAGGUGUUGAAGAACCCACAGGCUGAACACGGCUGCUCGUGCGGCUCGUCCUUCUCUGUCAAAAUCUGACACCGUCACGGCGUCACAGUUUAUGAAGUUGAUGCACGCGUGCAUAGCUAUGUGCUCGUUGAAGAUCAGCCAAGGCAUGAGAAUAAGCUAACGUCAGGGGCUUCUGAUUUGUCAAAUCUAUUAAUACGACCACAUGAAGAAAUAGAAGAAGAAUAGAAGAAAAACAAAAACCGGAGCCUUCAGUUAUUAGUGCACUGUAUAUAAGGAAGAUUGUAAAUAUAUUUCUAAUAAAGGUAUAAUAUAUGA